GUAUCACUGGACAAAUACAAGGGCCACCCGGUGCUGGUGGUUAACGUGGCGUCCAAUUGUGGCUUAACUGACACUAACUAUCAUCAACUGAAUGAGUUGUACACAAACUAUAGCGGCAGAGGGCUUAGGAUAAUAGCCUUUCCCUCCAAUGAGUUCCUGAAUCAAGAGCCGGGAAGUAAUGCCGAGAUCAAGGAGUUUGCGAAGACAUAUGACGUCAAGUUUGAUAUGAUGGCCAAAAUCAAAGUGAACGGUGAUGACGCGCACCCCCUAUACAAGUGGUUGAAGGAUAAGCAAGGUGGUUACCUGGGUUUCGAUGGCAUUAAAUGGAAUUUCACGAAAUUCCUGGUCGACCAAAACGGAGUUCCCAUCAAACGAUACGCGCCGACAGUCGCUCCCAAAGACAUCGAGUCCGACGUGAAGUCGCUUUUGUACAAAGAGUUGCGAUAAUUGGGACACAAAUUGCAGUAAAAGUGUCGUUAGUUUUUGUAAUUUAUUUUUGGAAAUAAAAAUAUUUGCGAUUAAUUUAUUUGAAUAAAAGACCUUUUAUUAAUGAA